AUGUCUAGCUCACACCGACGUUCUCAAAAAAAAAGCAAAGUGAACCAUUUCGAUGCUUUUCGUCAACAAAGAAAUGCUCGUGGCUCGCGUCUUGAACAGUAUCAGGUUGACGAACAAGAUAUUUAUGAUGAAAUUGGUGAGGAUGAAUAUAAAGCGCGACUUGACGAACAAAAUUCCGAAGAAGAGUUUGUUGUUGAUGAUGAUGGGCGAGGAUAUGUAGAUUAUGGCAUGGAAGAGGUUGAACAGUCGUUUUCUGAUGAACAACAACAAUCAGAAAAUGAUUCUCCUAAACAAGGCAUGUUAUAA